AGUUAUAAAACAAUUUAUUUGUAUCUUACCAAAAAAAAUUAUUUGUAAAGACGAACAGUAAAUUUAAACAUUUAACAAAUUACAAAAAAAAUAAAAAUUUAUUUUAUUUAAAAAUAAUUGAAUAUUCUGAUCUCUCAAUAGAAGCGUGGGACUGGGAGCUCGGAGAAAUGUGUUGUUUAAAAAUAGAGGCGUGGCGGGUAGAGAAGGUUAGGAAGAACACGAAAUUUGCUAUGAACUGUGAAUAUGAACAUUAACAAGAGGUUGGAAGAAGGUUUGAUUUCACUGUUGAGCAAAAGCACAACCACCCUCAAAACAUCCAAACAAAUUCACGCUCAUCUCUACGUAACAGGCCUUCACACUCACCCCUUCUUCUUCGGCAAGCUCCUUCUCCAAUGCGCAACCUCCAUCUCCGACCAUGCUCUCCAAUACGCUCUCCGUCUCUUCCAUCAUUUCCCCAACCCCGACACUUUCAUGUACAACACCCUCAUCCGUUCACUCUCCCAUUCUCCUACCCCUCUCACUUCCCUCCAACCCUUCAUCCAAUUACUUCGCCACCCCACUCUCAUCCCGGAUAGCUUCUCUUUCGCUUUUGUACUGAAAGCGGUUGCUAACUAUGGUUUCUUGAAGAGACCUGGGAUUCAGAUACAUUCUCAGGUUUUCCGUCAUGGGUUUGAUGACCAUAUAUUUGUUGGAACAACGUUGAUUAGUAUGUAUGCUGAAUGUGGGUGUUAUGAAUAUGCAAGAAAGGUGUUUGAGGAAAUGUCUCAACCGAAUGUUGUCGCGUGGAAUGCUGUUGUUACUGCUUGUUUUAGGGGUGGUGAAAUGGAGGGUGCUUGGGGUUUGUUUCAAAAGAUGCCUAUUAAGAAUUUGACUUCUUGGAAUGUGGUGCUUGCGGGUUAUGUUAAAGGCGGCGAGCUUGGGUUUGCGAGAAGAGUUUUUUCUGAGAUGCCGAUGAGAGAUGAUGUUUCUUGGAGUACUAUGAUUGUUGGGUUUGCGCAAGGUGGUUCUUUUGAUGAUUCUUUUGGGGUUUUUAGGGAGUUGUUGCGGGAGGGAAUUAGGCCGAGUGAGGUUAGUCUUACUGGGGUUUUAUCUGCUUGUGCACAGGCUGGGGCAUUUGAGUUUGGGAAGAUUUUGCAUGGGUUUAUGGAGAGGGCUGGGUUUCUUUGUAUUGUAUCGGUUAAUAAUGCUCUUAUUGAUACUUACUCCAAGUGUGGAAAUGUUGAUAUGGCUAAGAUGGUCUUUCGAGAUAUGUAUGUUGCAAAAUGUAUUGUGUCUUGGACAUCUAUGAUAGCAGCACUUGCAAUGCAUGGUCGUGGAGAUGAGGCUAUUCGACUUUUUCAUGAGAUGGAAAAGUCUGGAGUUACACCGGACGGUGUCACGUUCAUAUCUCUCCUUUAUGCUUGUAGCCAUAGUGGUUUGGUUGAUCAAGGGUGUGCUUUGUUUUCUAAGAUGAAGGAUUUGUAUGGAAUUGAACCUGCCAUUGAGCAUUAUGGUUGUAUGGUUGAUCUGUAUGGUCGAGCUGCUAGGUUGCAGAAGGCCUAUGAAUUUAUAUGUCAAAUGCCAAUUUCGCCUAAUGCAAUCAUUUGGAGGACCCUCCUUGGGGCUUGUAGCAUUCAUGGUGACAUCGAAUUGGCCGAGCUUGUGAAAGCAAGGCUUGCUGAAAUGGAUCCAAACAACUCCAGUGACCAUGUACUGCUCUCAAAUGUUUAUGCUGUUGCAGGGAAAUGGAAGGAUGUUGCUGGCAUACGAAGAACAAUGAUUGAGAAGAGCAUGAAAAAAACUCCUGGUUGGAGUAUGAUUGAAAUUGACAAGGUCAUUUAUGGUUUUGUGGCAGGUGAAAAGCCAAACGAGGUUACAGAAGAGGCCCAUGAUAAGCUGAGAGAAAUAAUGUUGAAACUCAGAACAGAAGAAGGCUAUGCGCCUCAGGUAAGGAGUGUUUUGCAUGAUAUUGAAGAGGAAGAAAAAGAAGAUUCAGUGUCCAAGCACAGUGAGAAGCUUGCUGCAGCUUUUGGAAUAGCAAAACUCCCUAAAGGAAGGGUUUUAAGAAUAGUAAAGAACCUGAGAGUUUGUGGGGACUGCCAUACUGUAAUGAAGCUGAUUUCUAAAGUCUAUCAAGUAGAGAUCAUUGUGAGAGAUAGAAGUCGCUUUCACUCAUUCAAAGAUGGAUUUUGUUCCUGCAGAGAUUACUGGUGACAGAAGCUACGCUUAGUUGACUUAAAAUUUAACAAUAGAACUCUUGGUAUCAUUCAUUCAAAGUACAAGACACCUAUUGGAAGUAUUAAAAAAAGUGAAAAUGAUGAAAAGCAACGCUAUAAAAGCUAAAGAGGAACAACACAACAAUUGAGGUGAACCAUAUGCUAAAGAAGAAAUCAGCAGGGUGGAGAGUUAGAUGAAGGCUCCAUGAUUGGAGAGGCAGAGCAGAUGCAGAUGAACCUGAAGCAAAUACAUCAAUUGCAACAUCAGCCGUAAAUAUCAAGUCAAACAACCUUCCAAGUAGCAUCUGCAUAUGCUUCUGCAGGUGCUGGUAUGCUUCCAUCCAAAUCGUGUCAAGUUUGUUCCUGGCUUCAAGUUGGCGAGUUGAUUCUUAUAUUAUGCUCAAAUCUGUAAGCAGUCCCCAGUUUCUUGUUAUUUGAAUAUUGGUCCCUAUUUUUACAAUUUUCAUGGAGUGCAGUCCCUACUUUCAAUAAAUUCUGAUGGCAGAAGUUAAACUAUUAAUUUGAAUGAUAGCUUAUAUUAAUGAUGAUUUAUUCAUAUGGCCUUAUAGGUGCUCGAGUUUCUUGAUUCUAGUUUCACUAAAUGGUCCCAAUAUUAUAGUUAUUUGGGUUUUGGUUCUUAUAAAUUGUAACUUGUUGGUAGAGGUGUGCAUUUAAAUCGGUUCAUUCUAUCCAUAACCAUAAAUUUGAUUUCCAAAUAAAUAAAAAAUCCAAACUAUUUUUUUGUU